GAUUACACAACCAGGGUAAAUUCCAGCCAUCCAGCCACUGAUCUUUGGAACUCUCUUUGCUGUUCACUGUGACUUUACAAGAACUAGGGGCAAUGUCGUCGCUAAGCAGUGUGAUGGACAGCCAGGUCCUCCGAUCAUAUUUCACAUACGCCACUAUUGUCAUUCUGAAGAUGAUGCUCAUGUCACCUCUGACAUCUUACUUCCGUAUGACAAGAAAGGUGUUCGCAAACCUGGAGGACACGAAAUUAGCUUCCUCAGCAAUAGACAAGAAACUGGUCCGCACAGAUCCUGAUGUGGAACGGGUCCGCAGGUGUCAUUUGAACGACCUGGAGAACAUCGUUCCCUUCGUGGUGAUCGGCCUCCUCUACGCCCUGACAGCACCUGAGCCUUCAGCUGCCCUGCUUCACUUCCGAAUCUUUGCCGGAGCUCGGAUCUUCCACACCGUGGCCUACGUCUGCGCUCUGCCUCAGCCCAGCCGGGCCCUGGGCUUUAUAGUGGGCCUGAUGGUCACUUUCUCUAUGGCUUACAGGGUGCUCAGCACAGUUCUCCUCCUGUAGACAUGAUAUAACUCCCACAAUACAAUACAUUUAUUUGUGUGAAUUCUACCUUGACAGAUUUGCUUAAAGAUAAGUGAAAUUCUCUCUGUAGUUGAACUGGUCAGUGUGAUGGACAAUAAAGGACAUUUAAAUCUCAAAAUAAAAUCUGGGGACGGACCCCCAUGCCCGCCA